UAGGCCCUUUAUCUGUCAACUUCUUCAACGUCAUAAUUUGCAUUGCAUUACAAGUGAUUAUAUGCUCUUUGUUGCAUUACACUAAUUUUAUGUCGGAAGAACAGUGCAAGUCUGUGAGUUCAUGUUAUCGUAUACAAAUGCUUUCUUUUGUAUAGAAAUGCUGAGUAAAGUUAUCUAAUUUUGUUACUAUUUGCGGUUUUCUACAGCGAAGAGAGUGUUCAUUAAUUUAAAAUUGGUUUACAGCAUGGCUUGGACAGGAUACCAGAAGUUCCUUGCCCUGAUGAUGGUAGUCACGGGGUCCAUCAACACUUUGAGCACCAAGUGGGCUGACAAAGUUGAAUCAAAGGGAUCAGAUGGUGUAGUUAGAGUUUUUGAGCAUCCUUUCUUGCAGGCUGCAGCUAUGUUUCUAGGUGAAAUGCUGUGCUUACUUGUAUUCAAACUGAUAUAUUUAAAGACCCGGAAUACAGGAGGCCACCAACUGACACAGGGCAACCAGAGUUUUAAUCCCUUCAUAUUGAUGCCAGCUGCAAUGUUUGAUCUAGUGGGGACAUCUAUCAUGUAUGUGGGCUUGACACUUACAUAUGCUAGCAGUUUUCAAAUGUUCCGAGGGUCGGUUAUAAUAUUUGUGGCAGCAUUCUCCACUAUCUUCCUUGACAAACAAAUCAUCAAGAGAGAAUGGGCUGGCAUAGCUGGCGUGAUCCUGGGGCUGGUGAUCGUGGGGUCCACGGACGCCAUCUUUCGCGAGCCCGGCGAGACCAAAGGGCCCAACAGCCUCAUCACCGGCGACCUGCUCAUCAUCGUGGCGCAGGUCAUCACUUCCUGCCAGAUGGUUUACGAAGAAAAAUACGUUAGAGGGUUGAACAUCCCGCCGCUGCAGGCGGUGGGCUGGGAGGGGGUGUUCGGGUUCUCGACGCUGUCGGCGCUCCUGGUGGUGUUCUACUGGACGCCAGCGCCCCCGCACUUCGGCCACAACGCACGCGGCACCGUCGAGGACGCCAUCGACGGCCUGGUGCAGAUAGGGAAUAAUCCAGUACUGCUAGUGGCGAUUCUAGGAACGAUCGUUUCGAUUGCUUUCUUCAACUUCGCCGGCAUCAGCGUGACGAAAGAAAUGUCUGCCACCACCAGGAUGGUGCUGGAUUCCGUAAGGACGCUGGUGAUCUGGAUGGUGUCGCUGGCGGUGCGCUGGCAGGUGUUCCACUGGCCGCACCUGCUCGGGUUCGCCGUGCUCAUCUACGGCAUGGCGGAGUACAACGCGCUGGUGCCACGCUGCCGGCGUGCGCCCGCCGACGCGCCCGUGCCCUCCAGCGCCGCCGAAGAUCAUGAGGAGCACCAUGAGGAGGCCUAGCCCCGCUCCACCGAACAUAACAUACUAACGCAAACAUAUUAUAUGUAUAGUUUUCAUAGGUGUAACGUAAAAGCCCUGAUUUAACAAAGGCGUUGUAAUAUUAGUCGUUUGCUUUUUUAGUGUGUUCCCAAUCGUCUCACACGGCGCACUCAUCUUCGGGAACACGGAACGGGACAUUUUAAUUUUAAAUAAUGGGACCAAAGACGCAUGUUCUACAGAGUUCUUGGCGACGCAACCAAACCAGCAGUUCAUAUUGUGUAAUAGUGUGUUCUUAAAGAAAUACAAUGCAAUAACUAGUAACAGGAAUUAUUAAAAAAAGUUAGGCUAAGAAAAUCGGCUUUCAGUGUCCAGAGUUGGACAUUAUUCGAAUAUUUUUAUCAUCUAAAUAAUUAUACGAAUAAAUAAUCAUUCGUCACGGGAUUAUUCGCGAAACAAUAGCUUAUUAACAUUUUGAAAUAAUAAAUGCAUUAUUUAUUUGUUAUUUUAUUCAAAUAACACGAAUGCUAUUUUAGUACACGCUAAAAUUUGCAAUAAAUAAGCAAGACCAGCGUAUUUUAGGGCCAAGGUAUUAAAUCGCAGGUAAACUGGAAAGAGACGGAUAUAUAAAAGAACGAGAAAACCACGUAUUUAACUCAACUUUCUUAUCAGUCGUGUACCUACUACUUCUACUUGAGAGUUUAGCUAUAUACAUUAUUAUUUGUUGUGUUUAUAAUACUUACAUAUUAUAAAAGACCUGGGUGAACUAAAUAAAAUAGACCAGAUAAACCGAUAAAUUGGAAUACAUGUUUCCGAGCAAAGCCUGGUCGCCCAGGAACCAAGGAUAAGAACUACCUAACAGGGUCAACAAUAGCAGGAAUAAAAUAUUAUCUAAAUAUUAAGACGAAAGGGGAAACCCGCGCGACAUAUGCCUUUUUAUACAAACUUCCUCAUUUUCCUCUCUAGAUAUUAAUAUUAUUGAAAAUAUUUUGACGCAAUUUGAUGUAUAUCAACCACAGCAAUGCCCCUUUAUAAGUUUCUUUUUAAUUAUUAUUAUAAGGAGCAUUUAAGAAUUUAUAUGCAAUUUGUUUUUCGCGCCUAAUAAAUACUUUUAUUCAUCAUAAACUCGAAAAAAGUAAAAUGAAGGGAUAGCUAUGGUCAAAUUAUGUAAAAAAAACAUAAUGAAUUUCAAUGGGUCAAAAUACUUUUUAAUGCCUAAAAAGUCCGAUGAUAGACUAUUGUAGCAAACAUUAUAUAUAUUCUGAAUGAAUGAAUGUCUCUCGAAACAAAAUUAGUACACAAUUUCUAUUAGGCAUUGAAAGUAUUCCCCCUUCGUCUUUCAUUCUUUCAUCGUUCGCGAUCUUCAUUGAUCUUCUUACAAUAAUUGGUAUAGAAACGAGCUAAAUAGUUAUUUUGUAAGCUAACUAUUAAACCAAUAUUAUUCGCAAAUAAUUUAUUCGUGGACUAUUUUAUUCGCGAAGAAUUUAUUCGUAGACUAUUUUAUUCUCGAAUAAUUUAUUCGUGUUUGCCAUAUUUAGAAUAAGAAUAAUCAUUCAAUAAAUUUAUUUGUCAUUCUAAGAUAAUUUGGUUAUUCCCAGUCGUUUUCCGUCAUUCGGAUAAAUUUUGCCCAUCUCUUGACAGUGACAUGUGUGAGUGCGAGAUCGCAGAUCUCCAUUGUAGUUUAGUUGGGGUUAUGAUUAGAGUUGGUAGACUCCAGUCUUUUAUGUCUAAAUAUGAUGAUUUGUGUAUCUUAUACAUCAAGUUUAUAUGAAGACAGUUGCAAUAUUAAUUUAUUUUGUAAAUUAAUUGAGUUAUCUGAAAAGGGCUCAAGUCUCUACAAGGGUCUCUAACAAGUUAAGAAGCACUUGAGCUUCGAUUUAAUAAUAAGAAUCUUAAAACGGACUCUAAUCUCAAAGCAGAAGAGUCAAAGGACUGGAGUCCUAACCAACACUAGUUGUACUACUUUCCGGUUCAUAAUCUUUCUUGUGUAAAAGGCUUGUUAAUGUGAUUGCAAAUAUCACUUAUAUACAGGGUGCUUGGGAGGAACACUAUCGAUAUUACUCGUACCAUACAUUGAGUCAUAAUGAAAUAAUACUAAAGAAAAAUAAUCUGAAAGUGAAUAAGCCAGUGAAAACUAUAGUGACUUUCUAGUCUAAAUAUGGUUGAUAAAUCACCGGUACAAUCUUUGGGGCUCUUUAUGAGCAUCCUGUUUGUAUAAUAAUAUAUAAGCGCGCUGUUAUUUUAUGCAAUAACGCGCUGCGUUUCAAGCAUUUCAUUUUAAAUCAGAUAAUUAUCCAAUAUUGUUGUACGCGGUAACCGCAGCGUCAGCACAAAUAAUAUUCCGCGAUUCCGCGUAGUUAGGCAAUUCUAUUAAAGUUCUACCUCUUAACUUUUUUUAGAAUCAUUUUUUUUUGCAUUAUUUAGCGCGAGAGGGCUCAGGCUAUAGUCCCCACGCCAGCCCAAUGCGGAUUGGGGACUUCACGUACACCUUUGAAUUUCUUUGCAAAUGUAUGCACGUUUCCUCACGAUGUUUUCCUUCGCCGAAAAGUUAGUGGUAACUAUGAAAUCAUAUUUCAUACAUAAGUUCCGAAAACCUCAUUAGUACGAGUCAGGAUUUGAACCUGCGACCUCCGGAUUGAAAGUCGAACGUCAAAUCCACUCGGCCACCACCGCCCAAAUAAUUAAUCCAAAAUAUAAAAUCAAAAGAAGUUACUCUAUGUUGUUUUAAUGUGGGAAAAAUUAACAUGUUUUCAGUACCCCUAGUGUAAAUAAAUUCGAUUUCCAAACGUGACGUACGCGUUUGCGUUUAGUCUCAUUUUGUAUUGGAUUUCGAAAGAGCGCGCCAAGCGGGACGUUUUGGAAACUCAAAAUCCUAUACAAAAUGAGACUUAACGCAAACGCGUUCGUCACGUUAUGAUGUCGAUCAAAGUUACACUAGGGGUACGGGACGUAGACACGGCAAACGCAUUUCGUUCAUCGCAUGUGACUAACGUUGCGAUACCACAAAACAACCGAGCGCUAAGUGGAUGUAGGUUCAUUUCUUACCUAAAAUCGAGCCUCUCGAUUCUUAUUUAUACAUGUUCGCCAAGUGUAAACGUAUACAGGGUGAUUUUUUAAUCGCGAAUUAAAAAAAACAUUUUUCAGCUAAAGCUGCUUAACACAGAACAAACACAAUUUACUAUUUAUCAAUUGCAAAACAAAUUUGAUCCCUAUGUAUGAACAUUAAGAUAAUUAUUGAUGGAUACGUAAUUGUUAUACAUAGUCCAUAACAGAGAUAUAAACAAUUAUUUUCAUUCACUAUUUAGGUUUCACCCUGUAUGUUUACCUAUUUUAUUAUCGUCACAUUUAUUAGGUACUAUUUACUUAGAAUUGGUAUUUGAGAAUAUUUUUAAGGGCACUGCUAUUAUGUAUUUAAUCAAGUUUAUAUUAUGGUUUUCAUUGUUUUUUAGUUGUCACGUCCAGCUAUACAUGUAACUUAAGCUGUAUGAAAUCACGUUUGAUCUCUCAGUUUGGUCACGACAUGAAUAGUCGUUAACCAGGGUUUUAAAACUUAUUAUUUCAUCUCAGAUGACUAUUUUGUAAAAUAAGUAAUCAAUUGCGGUUUAAAUGUGAGUUCUUCUUAUUAAGUUAAAAUACUAUUUAGUUAUGUAUACAACGGCUGAGAUUCUCAAGAUAAUUCACAUAAUUACGGUACCUAAUAAAUAAUAUUUUGUUACUCAUAAAAGAACAUAUAGUCACGCAAUUAAACCGGAUAAGCGUUAUUUACCGUUUUGGCUACAGAACCCUAAAAUCUACGAAUUGUAUGAUAUUAAUCGACAUAAAUUGUAAAUGUUAUUUUUUUUAAAUAAAUUUUAUUAGCUAAUGA